AUGGCUGACGCGGCCUGCUCCGGCCGGGACCGCAUGCUGACGGUGGCCGCCGCCGGUGCCUGGGACCGGCCCGUCAUGCUGCUACCGCGCCUGCUGUGCCCGCUGGCCGUGCUGUGCCUGACCGCUGCCGAGCGGCCGCACCAGCAGCGCGUGCUUGACGUGCGCCCGCUCAGCGAGGAGGUGCACACGGACGGCACCGAUGAUCUGGGCUUCAGCGCGCGCUCCGAGCCGCUGCCCGACGACCAGCUGAAGCGCAUGUGGGGCGUGUCGGACGCCACAGCGCGUGCCGGCCGCCUCUUCGUGCACACCAUCGACAAGGACGCGUUUCAUGGCGCCGUUGAGCGGUAUGAGGUGGGCGGCGCCACGGCCGACGCGCCGCUGCCCGGAUGGCUGACGUUCGACGCCGGCGCGCGCGCCUUCACCGGCGUGCCGCUGCCGGCCGAGCUGGGGCCGCACCUGGUGACCGUGACGGCACGCGGCCGCCGCCCGCACAGCCGCGCAAGGACCGCUUCAUGGUCGACGUGGUGCUCGAGAGCGACUCGGGGCACGCCGGCGCGCCGCUGGACUGGGACGAGGACAGCGGCGAGCUGAGCUGCGCCGAUGGCAGCGCCUCCACCGUCGUCGCUCUGUACUUCGACGUCGCGCCGCAGACGCUGGAUGGCGCUGCGCGCCUGCGCAUGCUGCGGGCACUGGCCGCGGCCGUGCACGUGGAGCCGGAGGUGAUGCC